GAUUUAGAUGCAUUAGGAAUAAGAUGCAGUUGAAAUAUAUUUUUUGUUCGUUUAUGCUGAUGCAACUUUUCAAUCCCUUGAAAGGAAUAAAAACAACAAAUCAACGUAAUUUGCAAUAUUCAGCAAAGCUUGAUUUUGAAGGAAAAGUGCUUUUCCAGUGGAGUUUCUCUGAGAGAAUAAUCAAGUUUGAGAUCACAGCACCUACUUUAGGAUGGAUUGGAAUCGGUUUUUCACCUUCUGGAACUAUGAAAGGAUCUGAUAUCAUCUUUGCCUGGUUGAAUGGCGGAAAACCACACAUUCUAGACAUGCAUGGGCGCCGAAACGGAUUACCUGAAAUCGAUACCAAAAGCAAUAUUAGAUGGCCGAGUAUAACCCAGAAUGAAACACAUACCACGUUGUUUAUUAAUAGAUUUCUUGAUACCUGUGAUGACGAUCAUGAUUUUAUCAUAACCGAAGACACAACGAGAGUUAUAUAUGCUUACGGUCAUACUAUACCAGAGGGAAAAUUGCCAACUGUUGGAAGUUAUCACGGAAGCAAUAGAGGUGUAAAAAGUCUUCGACUACUCGACAAAAAAUAUACGGUGUUGGAAAAAAGAAUAUUAAAAAGAAAAGAUACAAAAUCACAUGAUAUCAGGUCUCCACAUUUCACCAUUCCAAAGACAAGGACUUAUUAUCACUGCUUCUUUCAUAAACUUCCGGAACUGAAUGUGAAACAUCAUAUUAUUCGGUUUGAAGCCAUACUGACUCCUGGAAACGAGAAAAACGUUCACCAUAUCAAUGUUUAUCACUGCAAUGAAUCUCUUAUGACUCCAGAGCUGUUUAACGUUUCAAAAGAAUGUUACACAGGAGAUCUCGAACACUGGAAUGUUUGUGCGCCGGUGUUAGUCUCAUGGGCUGUUGGUAUGGAGGCAGUCACGAUGCCUAGGCAUGUCGGUUUCCCUAUUGGAGUGCCUGGAUCUCCCAAGAUAGUCAAAGUCGAAAUUCAUUACGAUAAUGUUGAUUUAGAAUCAGGUAUGAAAGAUACAAGUGGUAUUCGUAUGCUGUAUACACCAAGCCUUAGGAAGUACGAUGCUGGUAUUCUUCUCACUGGGUUUGAUGUUUGGCCGACCCUCUUUAUACCGCAGGGGAGUAAAGAUUACAUCGUACAUGGACACUGCUCGGCUCAAUGCCUUGAAGGGAUAAUGAAGCAAGGUAACAGAGAAACAAUCAACGUUUUCGGAGUUUUUCUCCAUUCCCAUACCGCUGGAUCUGGAAUGGUUUUACGGCAUUAUAGGAAUGGUACAGAAUUGGAACCAAUUGCCAAAGACCUGACAUACGAUUUUGAUUAUCAAGAAACAAAAUUGCUUUCAAGAGAGAAAAUAAUACAAUCAGGAGACAAUUUAAUGUUGGAAUGUAUUUAUAACACGGUGAACAGGAAAGGUCCGACUGUGGGAGGGCUAGAAACAAUAGAUGAAAUGUGUUUUGGAUUCGUUAUGUAUUAUCCUAAAAUGCACGAUGCGUAUUGCCAGUCUUAUCCCGUGGAAUCACAGAUGUUUUCUGCGCUCGGUGCAGAAGAUUUACAAGAAGCUUAUAUUAAAGCAUUGCAGAAAAAUUGGACGGACGAAGAGCGACAAAGUUUUAACAAAGUUCAACUCUACAGUCCGGUACAUGAGAAUUGUCGGACCUUAUCCGGCCAAGUUGAGGGUUUGAAAGAUCCACACGAAAUACCGGUGGUCAAAGCAAAUUUUGUAGAAGAAGUAAGGCCAUGUAACAUGAGAGGCAAAAGAAAACAUCAGAAAAAGGCUGUACAAUCGCCUGACGUUGUAGGAAAAUCGCACGGCGUUAUGAAAAGAUCGCAAAAUACAGAAUGCACAGAAAGUCGUGAAUAUUCAAACAUAUUUCUAAUACUAGGAGUAGGGGCAAUAUCAUCUGCCAUAUUAUUGACUGUCAUUGGUCUAAUUUACUACAAGCACACGAAUUAAAUGAUAUAUAAUAUAUUACCACCAUUUGAGCUACAUACGCAUUUUUUUUAAAUAUCUGGCAAUGUGCACAUAAUCAAACAUUUAUGCUAUGCUAAUAUUUUUCUUUGUUAUGAAAAAUCACGCAUCGAAUACAACAACGCUACGCA